AUGCAGCUCACAGACAACGAAAUGGCUGCAAGUGACAACGCCGGUGGGCUGCGACGCCAAUGGACGUCACGUGCACCACCCGCAGACGACGAUUGCGAUCUUCGCCGCCAACCUACUUUAUCUGGCAACGUCUUCGAGACAAUGGACAAUCUUUUAACAGCAGUGAAGACUGCCCGGCAAGAUUCUAAUUUCUCCUUGACACCAGUUUCCACCCUCAACGAGGAUGUAUCAUCAAAACAAAAACGCCACUUUGACCUGGACAAUCUAUCAGCACAGAACAUCAUAGAUCUACUCCAAUCCAAUCCGGAUCAUGACCAGCUAUUUGCCGCUUUGAGAAUUCUCGAUCCUUAUGGCAAAUCUAAAGUCGCAAAGGAUAUUGAUCUCCGAAUUAGCAACAUCACAACUACUCAGAUUGUCCGCUUGUUAGUCAGCGUCACGAUUCCAAAUCAUUGGAGAUCGCUGGACCCCAAAGCUCGAGCAACACUAUUAAGAUGCUUAAGCAGCCCUACAGGACUUGGUCUGAUGGUGAAUGAACUGCGACGUUUGACUGAAUCUACCCGCGCUACGGCCUAUGAAGUCCAGGGUUCAAGCACCCCACUCAUCAUUGAAGAUCUUUUGGCUGUUCUUGUUGCUUUACUGGAGCCAAAUGAUGUAUUGCUGCGUAUCUUGACGGAUAUUACAGCUGCCUGCCCCGUCAAGAUUCAGCAGGAAAUAAUAUGGAAAGAGCUUGUCUCUAUUGUCGCCGGCAGCAAGAUUCUGUCCACAGCAGCCGAAGCUCUUACUGUUGUUGAUGCUUCAAACCUUCCGUCCUCGAUAACCUGGAUUGGGACCGGAUCUUCGUAUGCUUCAUGGCUUGGCCGCAAUAUUUCUCACAUGGCGUUCAAGCUUGCUCCCGAUAGAAAAAUCAACCAAAUUGAGUGGGCCUCAGUGACUUUGCUGACCACACGAGCUCUGAACCUUGGGUAUACUGAUUCAUUGGUGAAAGAGAUCUACUCAGGCUUGCUUUUUGAGCGACACGUUCCAGCGUGUUUUGGCCUUCUCCUUGACAACCUCAGAAUUGCAGAUAAACUGUCUUUCUUAGAAGCAAUCUUCCGUCAUGUCCAGCGGACGCACUUUUCUGAUGAUAUGACCGGCUCAGUGGAUCUUUCAGCUACUUCCUUGGAGACCAUCAAGGGAGUUGCAGCUUUGUGUUCUUUCCUCAUCUCUAAUCGACCUGAAUUGGAAAUCUAUGUUAUGGAAUGGCUUUCAAAAUCGCAAGGCGGUUCAAUUAGCACGUUGGGCUUACGACGUGCACUAUUGGCUUCAUUCAGUGACCGAGCUGAUGCAAUGAAGCAAUUGGUUAUACAAGGCCUUGAGGAGUUUGGCGACAAGUUCUCUAUUAAGCAUAUCCCUAUGGUUAUUCAAAAUGCUAUCGCACAAGUGAUCCUCAUUGCUGCUGGACACCUUCAUCGACUAGAACCAACAAAAAUGAUGGAAAUUGGUCGCUCAGGGGCAUAUCUUAAUGCAGUCUCCAAUCGACUUGCUGCAUCCUCGGACAGGGCGCGACUUUUGGGUAUGAUCAUUGGAACGGGCAUAUCCGAGCUUAUCGAAGAACCAGGGAAAACUCUCAAAUUCGAUAUCGAGGAAAUGCAGAGUGAGGAUACCAAGUUUUAUCUGAGCUUGACCAAAGUCAAGGACGAAUGUGGCACGCCUGAAUCUAUCAACUUGCUGCGAGAAGUGCUUCCAAAACCAAUUCGUUCCAAGCCUACACCAAAGCCAAAGGCACAGACUUUCCUUCCCCCCCAAAGAAGCAAGAUUGUUGCCAUCGAGGAAAUUGAAGAUAGCGAUGAAGAAAAGUCUGCAGAUGAAGACGAAGAUGAUGAUCUCAUUCCGUAUGAGAAGCCAGACGAUGAUGCAUACGAUUCCGACGACGACCCUACAUUGAUCCAACGUAACAAGCCAACGGCUCCUGUGUACAUCCGUGAUUUGGUCGUUGGCCUACGAGACACUGAGAACAUCGAGCGCCAUCAUCUGGCCAUAACCACAGCCCCAUCGCUGAUCAGGCGCAAGAUAGGAUUCGGAACCGAGCUUGCCGACAACAUUGAGGAACUGGCACUGACCAUGGUUGGCCUCCAGAAUGAUAACAAGCACCCUCAAUUCCAUGAGGCUCGUCUUCAAAGCAUGAUUGCUUUGAUCGUGUCCGAGCCACUUAAGAUGGGCCGCUGGUUCACUGCAAUCUACUUCGAUGGAGACAUUUCCCAAGUCCAGAGAUCUGCCGUUCUUACAGCUUUGGGUCUAAGUGCUCGUGAGCUCGCGGGUAACGGAGAAGAUGAUGCCAAGAGGCUAGGCCUACCAAGCACCGGUGAUACCUCUUUCCCAUCUAAACGACUGCCGCCUGCUAUGGAGGCCAUGUACCUGGGUCAAAACGAAUCUCCUAUCGCAACGCUCACCCGAGAAAUGUCUCGCACAUCUUUGGAGCCACUUGCAGCCAAUGCAGCAGAUGCGAUGAGCGGUCCGAACGCUCUCAAAGUGCGUACCUUCUCCUCGCGGAUGGAAGUCGAGAAGAAUCGACAGCAGCGUGAGACCAAGCGCAAGAAUGCCACGGCAAAGGAUGUACACGAAGUGCUCGCCAAGGGCUUCUUCUUCCCAAUGCAAGGCAGAUUCGAAAUCAUGAUGCUGCAGUUUUCGUCCUCCACCUCCCCUGCCUACAACCCAUUCUUUAUUCCUCACCUUCUGACCCUCUUCCUCCAAACCCUAUCCCUCAUCCUUUCCACAACAGGCCCGCAUACCCCUCUCCUUCCAGGUCUAACCCACGAAGCACUCUCCCUUCUCCUGUCCCUACACAAAGUGGCAGCAUCCAACGAGCCCACCGUGACAGCUGCACUUCUAUCCCUUUUCCUCGCUAUCGUGGAUCUGAACAUUGAAUCCGGCUCGAACGGCGAGGAACGCCUUGUUACGCAGUACGCACAAGAGGUGAUUGAGCUGCGCGAGUGGGCUUCUCAGGUCUUUGAUCGGACUCCGGCUUCUUCUGCUAAGGCUGUUCCUACUCCUUCCGACCCGCAGGAGCAGGUGCGCACCCUUUCUGCUGGUGUUAUGGUUCGCCUUGGGGAGAUUACCGAGCGAUAUCAAGGACGCUUGAUGGGUGUUGGUUCCGGGUUUAAUUACUAG